AUGGCUGUGAGGGACGCGGCCCGAGGCCCUCCCGGGCCCGGGAGGGACGAGGAGACGGCGCUGCUCUUCGAAAGGGCUCAUUACCGGCAUGACCCGUGCUGGCUGCUGCCCGUGCCCCCGCGCCUCUGUCUGGCCUGCAUGCUGGAGCUGCUGCCGGAGCCCUGCGUAUCGUUGGUGCGUAAGAAGCAUGUGCUUUCCUGCUUCCAAGAUGCUCUCUUGAGGCAUGCCUCCCUGGUCAUGCCGCUGGUGGCUCGGGACCAGAGAAUCUGUAUCCACUUCAUAAGCAUGCUUUUUGAGCUAUUAUGCAAUGUGGAAGAUGGGAGUGUUACAGACCUCUGUAUUGAAGUCCUUAUCCAGCUUACAACUCAGCUGAAGUUAGAGCAGACCAUCCAUUGCCUGCUGGAUGAGUGCCACAAAGAGCUGUGUAACAUGCCCUCCAUGCGAGGCAGCCUGGCCACCCUGACCCUUCUCGGCAAGUUGGUGGAUGCCGUCCCUCUCCUGGCAGACAAGCUUGUAAUGGAGCACAGUGAUCUGAUGGAGCAUCUGUUGAGAGGUUUAGUGUAUCCCAAUGAGGGAGUGCAAGCUUCUGUCUGUUACCUCUAUGGAAAGCUAUACUCCUCACCAGUGGCAGCUGAGAUGCUUUCGGGCCAUUUCCGGGAGAAGCUGUGUCCUCUCUUCCUUUCCACCCUGGAUGGUGCCCAGACAAAGGAGCUACAGAUCAACUGUUUGGGUUUGCUGAGGCAGUUGCUGAAGUAUGAUCUCUUUGUGUCUCUAAUCAUGAACAAGUCUGCACUGGCAGAAAGUACUGAGGGUGUUGAGGGGACACCAGGAAAGACCUCACUGCCUUUGGUGCUCAAAAAGCUUCUCCUCUCUAGAGAUGAGACUCUGCAGGUGGCCAGUGCCCACUGUAUAACUGCGGUGCUUGUCCACUCCCCAGUGAAGCAUGCCUCGGCCUUCAUCCAUGCUGACAUUCCAGAGUUCCUCUUUGAGCACCUGUCCUCUUCCAGUGAAGUGCUUAUCUGGUCCAGCUACAACUGCCUGAUACUCCUGGCAGAAGAGCCACUCUUCUUUUCCAAGUGCCACACGGUGUAUGGGAUCGAGUCAGUGGUGAGGAGUCUACAGGGAAGCCUGAAGAUGAACAACACAGAGCUACAUAAGCAGGGCCUGCUGCUUUUUGCUGAAAUCCUGACGCGGCAGCCAGAGGAGAUCAAGCUGUUCACAAGCUCAGCCAUAUGUAGAGAUGCUGGCCGUGCUCUCCAAGAAGCAGUAAGCAGCCCUGUGUUGGAGGUGGCUGCUGAGGCAUUGAAGGCCAUUUCUGCCUUUCUAAGGAAGGACCAUCAGAGUACUCCACCUGUGCAGUACAGGGAACUGCGAGCCUUGCUUGAAGCCAUGCUGAGUCGCUGUGCAGAUUUUUCCCAGACCCCGCUGAGCAGGAGGCCCCUGGGCCAUGCCUCCAGUAGAGAUUCUGGGAAGGCCAUUCUUCGAAGGGGAAAAUUCCUCCUCAGCACCCUGGAGGGGUUUAGAAAUGCCUGCAGGUUGGCUGUGGAAUUCCAGAGCGAGCCUUCAGCCCAGGAGAAUCCAUUCACAGCUCCCAGUGCUGAGAAGGAAGACACUUUGGAGGCCUUCUCAGAAUUUCUUCUUAGUGCCUGUGACUCCCUUUGUAUCCCCAUGGUGAUGAGACACUCAGAACAGGCCACCCAUCCAAACCUGAUGGAAGUUUUCCUCUCCAUUCUACACAGCCUCUUUAUCAUCGUCCCUCACAUGAAGGAGAAGUUCUCCAAAAAGCUCGCUUCCUCAUCGUUCAUACGACUAACCCUGGAACUGAAGGCCAGGUUCUGCAGCAGUCUGAGGCAUUCAGCCCUAAAUCAGGUAUGUUCCAGCUUCCUCUAUUACAUGAUCCUCAACCUCCUCUCAGCUCCAGAGAAGACAGAACCACCUUCCAAAGAAGAACUCUCUGUGGUAUCCACAUUCCUACAACAUGGGCUACCCCACAUAAGCAGCAGGAACCCUGAAAGCCUUGCCUUCUUAUCAGAUCGCCAGUAUAUGGAGAAAACUGCUCGCCAGAGACAGUACUGCAUCUUGCUCCUCUUCUACUUGGCCUACAUCCACGAGGAUAGGUUUGUCUCAGAGGCAGAAUUAUUUGUGGCUGUGCAAAGCUUCCUCCUGUCUCUGCGGGACCAGGGUGAGCGCCCUCCACUGGUGGUCUUCAGAGCCUCCAUCUAUCUGGUUUCACUCUGUCAGGACAAAGACAGAGCACUAGAUGAGGCUGUGGUCAGUGCCAUCAGAAAAUUUUUAGAGGACAUCCCAGACCUACACCUGGUUUACACCCACCAUCCCCUCCUGCUCAAGUUCUUCCUGUCGUAUCCUGAGCUGAUGAGUAGGUUUGGACACCGUGUCCUGGAACUUUGGUUCUCCUGGGAAGAGAGCAGCUAUGAGGAGCUGGAUGAUGUCCCCUCUGCUGGGCAGUCCUCCCUUCCUGCCAGCUUAGCAGCCCUAUUCCACAUGCUCAGAAGCAGCCCCAGCAUCCUGCUCAUUUUGCUAGAUCUCAUCUAUUCCAGCUCAGUGGACACAGCCCACAAGGUACUAAUUGUCCUAAGAAUAUAUUUGAGGAAGAAUGAGGAUGUUGAAGUGGGUGGUCUCAUCCGAGGCCACUUCCUGCUGAUCCUACAGCAUCUAUUGGUGGAACAUGGGGCCUCUCCCUCAGAAGCCUCAGGGAACCUGCCAUUGCUACUGAGCCUCCUUUCUUUAGUGCAGCUGAAGAACACGUCAGAGCAAGAACUGGACAGCAUGGCCAUGAAGCUUCUUCACCAAGUGAGCAAGCUGUGUGGGAAAUGCAGCCCUGCUGAUGUGGAUAUCCUGCAGCCCUCCUUCAACUUCCUGUAUUGGAGCCUUCAUCAGACUACACCGAGCAGUCAGAAAAGAGCUGCUGCAGUACUCCUUAGCAGUACCGCCCUGAUUGAACUUCUGGAGAAGACUCUGGCACUCACCUGGACCAAGGUGGACUCUCCCAGGACUGAACUCCUUUGCUCCGCCUGGCUGCUCACUGCCUCUUUCUCUGCUCAGCAGCACUAUGGCAGUCUGCAGGUUCACCAGACACUGUCCGUGGAACUGGCCCAAAUAUUGAAGGUCCUCAGCUUCCCAAAGAAAAAGGCUGCGCUGCUCUCAGCUGCCAUCUUAUGCUUCCUGCGGACAGCCCUGCAACAAAGCUUUUCCUCUGCCUUUGUGACCCUGGUGCCCUCAGAGGCCCAGCCACCACUGGCCCCUGAGAACACUGUCUUAGCUCCACUGGGAACAUCACAAGUAUUGUCCCUGGUCAUUGGACUGCAGAACCUCUUGGUGCAGAAGGACCCUCUUUUGUCUUAUGCCUGUGUUGGCUGCCUGGAAGCCUUGCUUGACUACCUGCAUGCCCGGAGCCCAGACAUUGCAUUUCAUGUGGUCUCCCAGCCCUGGAAUCGGUUUUUGCUGUUUACCCUCCUGGAUGCUGGAGAGAGUUCCUUCCUCAGACCUGAAAUCUUGAGGCUCAUGACCCUGUUUGUGCGGUUCCAGAGCAGCAGUGUCCUCUCUCACGAGGAGGUGGAUCAUGUUCUGCAAGGCGCAGCUUUGGCUGACCUCUCCACCCUGUCGAACACCACGCUUCAGGCUCUGCAUAGCUUCUUCCUACAGGUCCAGAGCAUGGGCCUCCUGGCUGAUCACAGCAUGGCUCAGACCUUGCAGACCUCGUUGGAGGGCCUUGCCCCCAGCACCUCCGCCCAGCCGCCCCUGGACAUGCUUUACCUGGGAGGAGUGGCUGUAUCCCUGUCCCACAUCAGAGACUGACCCUCAUGACUCGAAGGCCCAGAAACAGAGAGAAGAGAAAAUCAGAGCAGAAUUAUUGGGGAAAUGGA